UCACACAGUAGUUCUCAAAUAUUUUAAAUCGAAACAGUCAUUCGCUUUAGCUGGAAAGUAUAACAAAUUUGUUUAAAAAUGAGCAGUCAAAUUAAAAAGUCCAAAACGACCACCAAGAAAUUGGUGAAAUCAGCUCCGAAAAGUGUUCCAAAUGCUGCGGCAGAUGAUCAAAUUUUUUGUUGCCAAUUUGAAGUUUUUGGUCAUGUGCAAGACUUUUCAGGUGUCUUCUUUCGCAAGCACACUCAAAAAAAGGCCAAUGAGCUGGGCAUAACUGGCUGGUGCAUGAACACAACUCGUGGAACGGUGCAGGGAAUGCUCGAAGGAUCCUUGGACCAAAUGACUGAUAUGAAAUACUGGCUGCAGCACAAGGGAAGUCCACGUUCGGUGAUCGAAAAGGCUGUAUUCUCCGAGAAUGAAGCACUGCCCAUCAACAACUUUAAGAUGUUCUCGAUUCGUCGCUAGGGAUUAUUUUAGCCAAAAAUUCAUUUAUUAAUUUUAUAAAGUUGAAAUUAAGUUCUGACUCGAGCUGAAACGUGAGAAACGCUUUGAGCACGCAAUAUAUAUGUGGUUCUAGAUCCCAAAA